AUGUCUUCGUCGCGAAAAAACAACGAGGACAUACUUUUGAGCGGCGGUUCGUCUUCUUCUUCUUCUUCUUCUUCUCAGGGGCCAAUCAUCCAUUUCACUCGGAGACGAUUGAGUCGACACGUGUUGCUCUGCUUCGUCUCUUUGUCGUUCAUCUCGUUCGUUGUUUUUCUCUCUUCAUCUUCUUCGUCAAAAUCGAGCGGAGGAAGAGGAGGAGACAGAAGUGAAAGCAGAACGAAAAACGAUUGGAUCGAGUUGAAAGACGAAGAGGAGAGUCGAUAUCGAGCGACGGAAAUAAGCGACGAGUACGAUUUCAACUCGAAAGGGAAACUGAAAGACCGAGUUUCGGGAGCGUUUUCUACUUCGCUCUCGAAAGAGGCGGAAUCGGAUUUACUGAUGGAUUUAAUGGGUCAGAAAGAAACCCGGGACGCGGUUUUACUUCACAUGAACACGAAUAUCGACAGAGAGUGGAAACUAAGAGACGAGAAACGAUUGCGAGGCGAAGGUCCGGACGGCGCGUGGUCGCAAAAACCGUACGAGGAAUGCGACGGGGAGAAUUGUCCGCCAAAGUCGGAGAAUGAAAAAGAGCAGAUGAAGGAAGAAGUUGACGAGUCAAAGUUUAGUAGGUACAAAGAACGAAAUCAGCCGGCGGCAAAGCAGGAAGAGGUUAAGACGAAAUCGGCAGUUGAAGAAGAGAAACCGAGAGCAAAGGAACCAACGAAGGAGGAGCUUUCGUUUUUGGGAGAUGAGGAGAAGGAGGAAGAAAAGUCGCCCGAGGAGGAAAUCAUUCAAGAGUUGGAAGAUAUAGCUUUGGAAGAAGAAGCGAAGCAAGAGAAAUUGGAAGAAAAGAGAGAAGGAGCGGAGGUAAAAGUAGUCGCAAAAGAGGAAGGACAAAAAAGUGAGGACGAGAAGGCGAAGGAAAUUAUAGCCGAAGCGGCAAAAAGUUCCAUCGCACUCAUCGAUGAAGUCGAUAAGAUGAAGAAGACCAGUGAAGUUGUUGUCGACGUUCCCACUCCUUCUAGCAGUAGUAGUGGUAGUAGUGGUAGUAGUGAUAGCGCAUCGAUAUCAUCAUCAUCAACAACAACAACAACAACAACAACAACAACAACAAAAGAAGGUAAUGGAGAAGAAGUAGACUGGUCAAAGUUUAGUAAGCACAAAGAACGAAAGCAGCCGGAGGCAAAGCAGGAAGAGGAGAAAAAAGAGGAGGAAAAACCUUCUGUGUUAGUAGAGCCUGUCGUUGAAGGGCGCCUUGCCGAAACCGUACCGGAGGAAGACGCGAAAGCGGGCAUCUUUCACGAAGAACACAUCGUGGUUGCGCCGCGAGAGAUGGCUGUGGCGACUGAAGACGACCAUCACAAGAAUAUGCCCGAAAACGAAUAUAUCGCACCCAUUUCCAAACGACCCGAAGAUAAUCAGUUGAACGAAGCCUUAGCUAAACGAUAUUCGCACGAAAACAUCGUCAUGGUCACGUGGGCGAACAAUCACUAUUACGAUUUCGUCAAGAACUGGGUGAAACACAUUCGCGACUGCGGGAUGAACAAUUUCCUCGUCGGUGCGAUGGACAACGAGUUAUUAGUACGCUUAAUCGACGAUAAAGUGCCAACAUUUGCCAUGCAAAGUGGUUUAACCACCGCCGAUUUCGGUUGGGGAUCUAAAAACUUCCACCAAAUGGGGCGCAAGAAGAUUGAGUUGAUUCAUUUGUUCACAAAGAUGGGUUUUGACAUUUUAGUUUCGGACGUAGACACCGCGUGGAUGAAGAAUCCGAUACCGUUCAUUCGCAAGUUUCCCGAAGUGGACGUGUUGACUAGUUCCGAUUCUUUAUCCGAUUUUGCGGAAACUGAAUGGUCUUUAGAACGCACAACGACUGGUAUGGCGAACAUUGGCAUCAUGCUUCUCCGCAAAUCCGCGGGAGCGCUCGCGAAAGAAUGGGUCCACGUCUUAGAGAAGGACGAAAACAUUUGGGACCAAAACGCGUUCAACGAUUUAAUGCGUAAAGGCAGAGGUAAAUCUUUCCCCGAUCAUAGCUUUGAAGGGUACGACGGGUUGAGGUUUGGCAUUUUACCCGUCGCUACGUUUGCCUCUGGACACACGUUUUUCGUUCAAAGAAUGUACGAGAAGAAAAAGUUGGAACCGUACGUCGUCCACGCGACGUUUCAAUUUUCCGGAACGGAGGGCAAAAGACACCGAUUGCGAGAAUUCAAGUUAUGGUACGACGCUCCCGAGUAUUACGAUCCGGAAGGAGGAAUGUUGAUGGUUGAUUUGGACGUUCCCGAGGGUUUAUUAACGGCCGCAAAAGAGACGCCAGAGAAGCACUUCGAUUUGGUCAAUCAUCAGUUGUUACAAGUCAGAGGCGCCUUGAUGCUCGCGAACAGUUUAAAACGAACGUUGAUCUUACCAGAAUUUUGGUGCGGCAUGGACAGAUGGUGGGCACCGCACCGAGGCAUAAUCCCUGGUUCGCAGUUACAGUUGCCGUAUAAGUGUCCAGCCGACCACAUUUUUGAAUUGGAGACUUGGGUGAGAAGGAACGAACCGUUUCGCGAGUACAGCAUUUUGGAAAAUCCGCGGACGCCAGAUGGGGUCAAAAAUGGCGUUUUUGAUGCCACUGAUAAACUGAAAAGCAUACCGUUGGAAGAUUUUACAGACGUUAAGGUUCUUCAAGCGUUAGACGAUGUACGCUCGAGCGAUAAACACAAGGUUUUGAAGUUUGAUGGGAAGAAGUUGAUGGAAAAGUUUAGCGAGAAGAAGUUGGAUUACUUUGCGGAUGCGAACGUGAAAAGAGAGUUUGAAAACAAAAUCAUCAACUAUUGUUCGAUAUGGUGCUGCAAACACGCACAUCCAGGUCACAUCUGGUACGACAUGUCUUUAGAUGUUCUUCCCCAUAAAGACAGACACGGCAGAACCUUCAACGAAACGUACCCAUGGCGGGCUCUGACUGGCCCGUAA